AUGAGAGUUUAUGCUGUCUGUUUAGUAAGUACUUUACCUCCCUACGAAUCCCAAGGCAGCAUUCUAAGCUGAUCCCAAAAAUUUCCUAAAAAAUUCAUACUCCACAAAAAGACCCUUGCAGAAACUUGCUGGUUUUUAUCCAAAACUUUAUCAUUAUUUUGCCAGCCCGGUACAAAAACUUCCACAAUCCAAGAAGAAAUGCAGAUUUGUGUCCAUCACAGAGAAGAUCAUUUAUCAUGCGUAGUGUUCACUAAUGUCGAUUACCCUAAAAGAGUAGCGUUUGCAUUAGCAUUUCAAGCAAUGGAACAAUUUUCUACAGUUUUCAGAGAUAGAUGAAGGGAGCGGUGCAGGUCAAAUGACUUUGCCUUUUUGAUAGUGUCCAUUUCACCGAAGCACUUUUGGUCGAAAAUUUUUAAAUAGUGUACCCAUUUGGCCGAAAUUUAACGGUUUUUUCGGUCAAAUGUCUCACUAUCAAAAAUGAUUCGAACAAAGUUUUCCCCUAUGAGAUGUCGCACUAUCAAAUUUCCGCAGUCAUUUGACAUGGAGCCGAAGGGAGCAAGCCAGAAAGGACGCUCUUUAUGAAUUCCCACAGUUGCAAAGAUUGCUAAAUGACUAUCAAAAUCCUAGCAAUCAUGAUUCUAUUGCGAGGGCAAUUGAAAACUCUGAUGCAGCAAUAGAAGUUAUAACUGGGACACUUAAUAGGAUUCUUAUUAGAGGUGAAACUAUAGGAGAAAUUGCUAUGAAAAGUGAAGAACUCAGUGCAAAAUCAAAGAUCUUUUAUAAUGAAUCGAAAAAGGCAAAAAGGUGCUGCAUCAUUUUUUAA